AUGGCUACCUCUUCUCCCACUCUUCUGUACUGUUCCGACAAUGACACGGCACGAAUAUCCCUCUGGCUUGAAGCUUUACCUCUUACAGCUCAAGCAGAAGACGCACUGAGCUCACCAAAGCGCCAGCGCUCUAGUUCGAUUGAGACAGCCGCAGCCAUGUCUACACAUCGUGAUGCAAGCCCAAGCAAGCGACAGCGUCGAACAAGUGACGAGCCUUCAGAGCAGAGCGCAUCUGAUCCUGCAGGACUGCAUACCCGCCCACUCGUCCUAGGCGGCUCAAAUACAUUCAAUCCGCCCAGCAGUCACGACUCGGCGACGACUGCACGAAGCAAUAGCCCAUCGCGUAAAAGUGCCUCCAUGUCCGCCCGCAGCGGCAGUCCCGCGCUUGCGUUGACCACGAAACUCACCGUUGCAUCGCCUCGAAUCUACACCGAAAUCUUUGGCACAGGGCCGCAACGUCCACGCGCCACUGCUAUAAACCUCAUCAAGAACGAUGCGGACAUCGGUUUGCAGAUGUACCUGCCUGGCGCAUUUAGCACCACAGCGACAAGCGACCUCUUGGACCCGAACCUUACUCUAGCCGCGCGUGCUGAGCUAGAAUACAUCCUAAGGAAAGUGAAAGGGAUUCAUCAAAGAGCGGUACACUGCUGCAUGCGAGGCCGUGACGAAAACGCUUGGUGCGACGAGGUGGUCAGGCCAACAAUCAUACUUGUCAACGAGCGAGCCGGCUCGCUCAGCUCGCUCGGCUUGGACGUUUUGACCAAGCCGAAUGAGCUGAGCGCGCAGUGCGCGCUUGCAAGCCGAGCGAGCUUAGGGAUAGGCGCUCGCUCAGUCAGCUUGCUUAGCUUGGUUGGAUGGGGCGGUUGGAAACUUGGGGCUGAAGGACUUGGUGGAGGGGCAAUCUCACGAUGAUUUUUAGGUGUAGUGCGUAAGUUCGAAACCUAGUUAUAACCUAAAAUACACUCUUUUUU